AUGGCUUCAUUUUCAAUAGAAGAAUUCAUUGGAAAUGGAGUUUUGAAGGAGUUGCUCCCAAAACUGUUGGAUGAAGGCUGGGACGAUGUGCCAACACUGAAGAUUAUGGACUCGGACGACAUGAACUCAAUAAAAAUGACACAACGGCAAAAGGACUCAAUUGGAAUAAGGUCAUACCUGCACGAUCGCGGAUUGAUGCAAUAUGCAGAUAAGCUAGAGGCUAGUGGAAAAAAUCUGCCAGAGCUUAUGAGUUUAAGCAGCACGGAUCUUUCUGCUCAGUUUGACAUGAAGAGAGGCCAUAUUGUCCGUUUCGUAGACAGAACAAAAUGUGAUGAUUCCUUUAAGUUACGGGCAAUUAUGGCUAGGAGAAGAAGUAGCAUGAUGUAUAGACAUGAAAGCAUCUCAAAGAGUCUUGCAUCUAACGGGUCCAGUAGUAUGAUGAGAAUGCAAAUUAGAAGUAAUACAAUUACUACUGAUAGAUCAAUUGAACAAUCACUUACUGAGCUGAAGAUUAAAGAUGGAUAUGUGUUUAAAGGAAUUGUGGCUUCUGAACCAGCUGAGCCUAGAGCAUGUGGCUGUGUGCAACCUCCUCCGGUCAGUGACCAAGUUGCUCCUUAUGCUGCUCUUGAAAAUAUUUCAGUUCAGAAACUAACUCCAGAGUAUAAGAUAGGGAUGGAACCAUUGGUGAAAAUGAAGACACCUCCAAUGAAAGCUGCAGAACUGUGGCGAGACAAACCAGCUAUUUUCCUUUGUCUCCGACGACCAGGGUGCAUCAUGUGCAGAGCAGAUGCGCAUAAGCUCUUCUCCAGGAAACCCAUAUUUGAUGCACUAGGAGUUCAACUAUUUGCAGUUGUUCAUGAAUACAUGGAGGCAGAGAUAAAAGAUUUCUGGCCACGAUAUUGGGGUGGCGUUGUACUUUUCGAUCGGGGUAGGGAUUUCUUCAAAGCUCUUGGAGGGGGGAAAUUGCACAAAGAGAAGUUUUUCUCGGGAUUUUUGCUGAACCCCCGAGCAAUUGCCAAUUACAAGCGUGCAAAAGCUACAGGAUUUGAAAAAAACUUUAGAGGGGAAGGAGAAAUAAAGGGUGGACUCUUCAUACUAGGGAGUAGAAAGACUGGCAUUGCUUACCAAUUUAUUGAGAGGAACUUUGGUGAUUGGGCACCUCCAGCUGAAGUCAUUGAGAUUUGUACCCAGUUGCAGAAACAACAGCAAGGUCAAAGUGUACUAGAGCUACCUUGAAAGGAAACAGUGACUGCACAUAUUGCAUGUGUACUCACUACAAUUAUGUUCCUUGAAAUAAUUCCAUCUCCGUUACAGUCUUUGUACAACUUAUUAAUAUGAAAGUCAGCAGUUUCUCAU